GCCAUAACAGCAGAUCCAUGGCCAUGCUCCUUAGUUCUGUACUAAGUUUUUAUCGGGAAAAGUCAACAAAAGAAGAAAGAACUCUAGGGUUUUUAUUCUUCUUCUUUCUUUCUUUCUUUUUUUCCUUUUCUUUUCUAGAGAUAUAGAUAUGAUUAUGGGUGGUGGAGAAAAGAGCCUAAAGAACUUCCACCUCCACCUGCCGAAUCUUCAUCAUCACCAUCACAAGAAGCAGGCGAGAGAUGUUCCAAAAGGGUGUUUGGCAAUCAAGGUGGGCCAGGGAGAGGAGCAGCAGAGAUUUGUGGUGCCUGUCAUAUACUUCAAUCACCCACUGUUCAUACAGUUAUUGAAGGAAGCAGAAGAAGAAUAUGGUUUUGAUCAAAAAGGCACCAUCACUAUCCCUUGUCAUGUGGAGGAGUUUAUGUACGUCCAAGGCAUGAUUGACAAGGAAAAGCCCAUCCAUCAUCACCAUGUUGGAUGUUUUAGGGUUUGAUAUUAGUAUAUCAUGAAUAGAUCGUGGCGGGUUGUGGUGCCAAACAGGCCUAACCCCAUGAAUUAGGUCCAGUCUUUUUAUUCGGAUGUCUAGAGUACUUAGGACCUCCUUUUUUAAGGUUUUUUUUUCUUUCUUUCUGG